UGCCCUGUAGUGCCUAGAGCAGGGGACUAGGAGUUGUGGUUCCUUUAGUCACUUCCUGAUUCAGCACUAACUUGCUGUGUGAUCUUGGUUUCACCAAGUGAGAAGAGUGAUGACCAUCCUUUUCCUUACUAUGGUUAUUUCAUACUUCAGUUGCAUGAAAGCUGCCCCAAUGAAUGAAGCAAGUGUCAGAGGACAAGGCAGCUUGGCUUACCCAGGUCUUCGGACCCACGGGACUCUGGAGAGCCUAAGUGGGUCCAAUGCUGGUUCAAGGGGACUGACAUCACUGGCAGACACUUUUGAACAUGUCAUAGAGGAGCUUCUAGAUGAGGAUCAGGACAUCCAGCCCAGUGAAGAAAACAAGGAUGCAGACUUGUAUACAUCUCGGGUUAUGCUAAGCAGUCAAGUGCCUUUGGAACCCCCAUUGCUCUUUCUGCUUGAGGAGUACAAAAAUUACUUGGAUGCUGCAAAUAUGUCUAUGAGGGUCCGGCGCCACUCUGACCCAGCUCGUCGUGGGGAACUAAGUGUGUGUGACAGUACUAGUGAGUGGGUAACAGCAGCAGAAAAAAAGACUGCAGUGGACAUGUCUGGUGCAACCGUUACAGUCUUGGAAAAAGUCCCAGUACCCAAAGGCCAACUGAAGCAAUACUUCUAUGAGACCAAAUGCAACCCCAAGGGUUACACAAAAGAGGGGUGCAGGGGCAUAGACAAGAGGCACUGGAAUUCCCAGUGCCGAACUACCCAGUCGUACGUGCGAGCGCUCACCAUGGAUAAUAAAAAGAGAGUUGGCUGGCGGUUUAUAAGAAUAGACACUUCCUGUGUAUGUACUUUGACCAUUAAAAGGGGAAGAUAGUGGAUUCAUGUUGCAUAGAUUAUAUUGAGACAAAAUUAUCUAUUUGUAUAUAUACAUAACAGGGUAAAUUAUUCAGUAAAAAUAAUUUUAUGGACUGCAUGUAUAACUGAAGUUUAUACAGUACAGUGGUUCCACAGUCUAUUUAUUGAACAUAUCCAUGACCUGAAGGGGAACAAAAGUCAUUUGCGCACAACUUUAAAAAAAAGAAAAAAAAAAGUCUGCAUUACAUUCCUCGAUAACAUUGUGGUUUGUUGCCGUUGCCAAGAAUUGAAAACAGAAAAAUUUAAAAAAAUUAAUAAAAUUGCAUGCUGCUUCAAUUGUGAAUUGAUGAUAAACUGUCCUCUUUCAGAAAAAAAAUUGAACCAAAACAUUCCGUUUACAUUUUAGACAGUAAGUAUCUUUAUUCCUGUUAGUAUUAUAUCUGUUUACUGCUUUAACUUCUGAUAGCGUUGGAAUUAAAACAAUGUCAAGGUGCUGUUGUCAUAGUUUUACUGUUUUGGUUUUUUUUUACUUUUAAAUUCCCACAUAGUUGGAAAAAAAAGAAAAAUAUCAUUACCAUAUGUUCUGGAUAAAAUAAUUUUUUGUAUGUUGUGAAGGUGUUUGCAAUAUCAAAUCAGACUACUGACAAAAAAAAAAUUUUAAAAAAGGCAACUGAAAAAAGAAUACUGAUGUUCCACUUCAUGCUACUGAACUUCAGGCUUAAAGACAGCACUUGUGUAACUGUCUGCCUCCUUUUUUUUUUUUUUUAAUGGCUUUCUUUUGAAAGACCUGCAUUUGCUUACAUAAUGUUUGUUUGUGUUUGAAGUUUUUUUUUCCCCCUUCCUCUCUUUGGAAGGAAAUUGAUUGCAAUCUCUAAAUAUUUCACUUCUCACCGUACAACUGGAGCUUGUCAUAUUGAAAAUAUCAAGAGUGUUGAGAGCAAUGACUUGAUGUAAUAAAAGACUUUUUGUGCUUGGAUCAAAUGUUUUGUUGAAGCAAAAUGAAAUGUCAUCAUAAAACAGUUUGGAAAGAGUCAAGUGACCCUAAAAGCUAGGAAGCCACAAGACGAGAUAAUACGGGCCCAGUUCAGUAGUGAGUUACAAAGCCUUGGCUUGAGUGGGGCUGCUUGAGUAUAAAUCAGCACUGAAUUGGGCUCCAUGGGUUCAGUGGAAGAGCAGCAGCUUUGCCCUGUAUAUUAAUAUAUGUAGUACAACCUAUUGCUCCAUUGGUGACCAUGAAAAUAUCUAAUGUGCUUUGGCCCUUGAGUUACUGGGAGAUAUAGUAGUAGAGAAGUUUAGAAUCCAGGCCAGAAGGACUCCUGAGGAUUGGCUUUGGAAUGAGGCAGAAAAGGCCUUGUGCUAGUUUGAAAUGUCUAACACACCUAAGAUAUUUUCAAGAGGUUCCAUUUCUAAUAGGCAGUAUAUGUCAACUUUAGUAGACAAAUAUGAAAGCAGGACAAUAUAAUGGUUCGAAAAAAUAGGAAAAGCAGGAGUGAAAAUUACUUCUGGGAUAACUAACACAAAAUGCACUUAGAUUCAAAUAGCCAAUUGCAGCAGUCUCCUACUAAUAAGUAGUAUAACAUCAGUAUUUUUGAGUUAGAAGCUCAAAAGUUGAGCUCCCAGAACAAGACAGGAUAAGAAAUGUAUUUAUGGGCAAAGUAUAUUAAAGUUAUGUUUUGUUGCUGCAUUCACUGAUUUCUGGAAGGUGGGAAAUUCAAUUUAGCAACCUGAUUAACUAGCAUAAUGGGUUCACUGAAGGAAGGUGUUUUAUUUGUAGCUGUAACUCAUGUAGGUAAAAUUGAGAGUGAGAAAUGACCAAAGCCAAGACGCACACAUUUUGCAACAUUCUAUCCAGAAUUUCAUACUGGCAAAACUUGUGUACUUUUUUUGCAUUUCUGAACAAAGUCAUUUGAGAUUGGGAUUGUGUCAGGAAUUUUGAAAGAUAUUCCUUUUUUUUGGAUUAUAUGUUCCAUACUUAGCCUAACUCAUUAAUACAAGUAGACUCAAUCCCAUAAACAGAUACCAUCACUCCUAUCAGCCAAAGAUAUUUAAUAAGUGCUCCUUAAAUGUAAAUGAACUUUGGAUCCGUUCCUUCAUUAGCAGAAGUGACUACCAGAGUUGACCCCCUCUGCACACUGAUAACUUCAUUCUCCAUCUACCUUUUCCAUCCUAGCAACUGCUAUGAGGUUUCACUAUCAUGAGACAACACACACACAAACAUGCAACUUCAUCUGAUCUUCCUGGACCUCAAAUUUUAGGCCUUAUUGGGAGAGUUCAGGUACUCCUACUCCUAAAUGGAAACUAGAAAUGGAAAAGGUCCCACCCAAAUAGAAAAGAUCAACUUUUUGAAUUUAUAUACUGAAGGAUGAUGGGGGUGGGAGGGAGGAUUUUAUUUAAUCAAAACCAGCUGACCCACCACAAGCCUUUAUAUUGACCUUUACUAGAGUCAGGAUUUCAUCAAGGUGGCUUACUGCCUCAUCACAAACCAUAAAAAUUAGAAAGACAAAUGCCUAGAAAAUGGGAAGGGGUUAAAUUAACCAGUGUAUAGGAAGUAGAUUAUUCAUCUACUUUGGCACCAGAAAGACAAAUGAUAGGCAUCUAAUUUGAAAAAAAGCAUAAAACAUAAUUCAUGCUUGAAAGAAUGUAAGAUUAGUGAUCAGCCAGAGUUACCUGCAGGCAGGUUCUCACUCAAGCAAAACUCCCAGGCUGGUUUAAGAAGUGUCAUAUAAAUGUUUGUAGAGCCUUAACAACUAGAUUGAUCUAUGUCUAGAUCCUGCCACUUUCAUACUUACUAGGUGAAAUUAAUGGAGUUGCUGAGCACUCAAACUAGUUGCAAAGUGUGGCCUAAAAUGUUUUUUAAAAAAGUUAAACAUUUUUUUUUAAUUAGGGUUUCUAUUUCAGGUGGGGACAAAAGGAAACUAUUCUAAACUCUACAAGUAUAUAGUGUGACACAGUAUUCCCUAAAAUAUUGGUAUUUAUAAUUUCUGCAAAAUGAAAUAGGCAAUUAGACUACAGUCCCAUGGCUGUUGCAUGCCAGACCUAGCACAUACAUGAUCACAGGCUUGGCAGUUUUAGUUGAAAUGAGGUUUUAAAAAAAGUCACUUAAUUGAAGUCUUGCUGCUGUGACAAAGGUAUUUCAUGCAUGUCAGCAGGCCUAGUGCUUUGUUAAAAGUAAAGACUCUCUUGCAAAUGUAAGUCAAUGUCUGUGGCCUUGUUCUCUAUAUUCACUAUGUGUAACAUAUUUAUUGUAUAUUUAUAUAAUUUUAUGUUUUUGGGAAAAACUGAAAUUGGCAUUAAACCUUAAAAUCA